UACGCUUUAUAAUUGCUGCCCCACCGAUCUCUGUACGCGUCCCUCUGUCAUCAUGCAAGUCGUUCUUAUCACUGGCUGCUCGAGCGGUCUUGGACGGGAGCUCGCCCUCGCUGCCCUGAACGCAGGAAUGCGCGUGAUCGCGACUGCGCGCCGGAUCGACACCCUCUCAGACCUCGCAAGCCGCGGCGCGAAAGUGCUUCCCCUCGACACCACCGCGUCCCCGCGCGACUUGGCCCAGUUCGUGGAACUCGCGAUUGGGCAGUACGGACAGAUCCACUGCCUCAUCAACAACGCGGGAUAUCUCCAGGGCGGCGCGCUCGAAGAGAUCGGCCACGCGGCCAACAUGGCCCAGUUCGACACGAACUUCUUCGGGGUCCUGAACCUCACGCACGCGCUGCUGCCCCAUUUCCGCUCCCUCCCGCCAAAGACCUGCGCGAUCGUGAACAUCAGCUCGCAAGGCGCGAUACUGAACCUCGCCGGCGCCGGGAUCUACUGCGCGAGUAAGGCUGCGCUGGACUCGGUCACGGCGGUGUGGGCAAAGGAGCUGCAGCCGUGGGGCGUGCGAUGUACCGCGAUCCACGUAAGUCCCUUCACUGCUCCUUCCUCCCUCGAAGGUCUGCGGUUCUCAAAGAAAGCUCAUUCCAGCUCGGCGGCUUCCGGACAGCAGUGGGCACUAGCGCGAACGUGAAGACUGGAUCGCGCACGAUUGAGGGGUACGACGCGGCACACGACUGGAUGGAGAGUUUCCGCGCUGGCGCCGGGAAGGAGCCGGGAGACCCGGUACUUGCUGCGAGGAAGAUCAUCGACUUGAUUGGGGGUGACAAGGGGAGGGAGUGGCCGCACACGUUGGCAUUGGGUGACGAUGCAUAUCAGAAUGACAAGGCUUUCUACGAGAGCUCGUUGAAGAAGGUGGAGGAUUGGAAGGAGUUCUCGAAAGGGACAGAUUUUCAGACUUGAAGUUUCUUGGAAGAUUCUCAAUGUACAAUAGAGCGUUGGGUUAGAGAGUUGUCAAUGUACAUGGUAGUAGGUCGAGGAGAAAUGAUCCGAUCAUGGGAUGUGCCGGGUGUUCGCCGUCAGUCACUAGCUUGCCACUCCUGUUUCUCUGCCACCACAUCACGUACCGACCUACACCUGUACAAGCUUCAGACAAUGCUACCAGCUCCGCCACUUAUCACCCCCAUCGUCC